AUGCCUCCUAUCGAGCCACCUCAAUUGCGCUUCCUUAGUGACGCUGCCAAUCUCCUGGGGUCAAGCAGCCCAUCCACAUCGGCCCAUCUCUUAACGGCCCAUACUCAUAUCCUGCAUGAAGAAUCCAAGUCACUGAAUCCGCGUCAAAUCAAGCAUCAUUGUGCUGGCUGUGGUAGGCUUAGGAUAUGUAAAGCUUCUAAGCCGACAGUGGUAAAGCCCAAACAGAAAUCUCGCACCGCAAUUCGCGGCAUUGCUACAGUCCACAAAUGCGUAGGCUGUAAUCAACGUGCUGUGAUUUCACGCAAGAGAUCUGCCCCAAGGGCUCCUUCAAAGGCUUCAAGUUCUUCUCGUGUGUCUACACCUUUGGCCAUGGAUUCUACAGUGUCUACACCCUCAAUCUCUUCACAGCAGGAUCUUCCCGUCAUCGUGUCCACCACCACCGCCACUGAAAAAGCCGUGGACAAUGCCAGCAGUAAGAAAAGAGCCAAGGCUAGAAAGCAAGGAGGUCUCCAAGCUCUGCUAGCUUCAAAGAAAAGCACACAACCCUCACUCAACCUGCUCGACUUUUUGCAGUAG